GUUUUACCCAGGCAGAUAGUUGUGUUGUGUUUGGUGUCACGUACGGUUAUUCUACAGGAUUGCAUACUAUAUAUCACUCAAUGUAAAAAUAACAAAUUACAUAAUAAUAAAAAAAACUACUUGAAAUAAAUAUUCAGAGUAGUUUUGUCGCCGUUUCCAACUCUUUCGUUGGUUGCGGCUUGUUUGUGCCAGCGAGGCCGCCGUAGCAGGAGGACUGAUUUUGAGAGUGGAGCCGCAUUGUGUGUGUGUGUGUGUGUGUGUGUGUGUCUGUGUGUGUCUGUGUGUGUCUGUGUGUGUGUGUGUGUGUGUGUGUGUGUGUGUGUGUGUGUCUGUGUGUGUGUGUGUGUGUGUGUGUGUGUCUGUGUGUGUGUGUGUGUGUGUGUGUGUGUGUGUGUGUGGGUGUGUGCGGGGGUUUGUUGUCUGGAAACGCUGUGGAAAAGCGGGUUUUUACAUUAAAACAAAAACAACAACAAGCAUGAACCUCAACCUGUCAGAUUACGACUCCGACAAUUAUUCUUCAGAUGAAGACGCAGACUACGUUCCUUCUGAUGAAGACUACAGUGAAGACGAUGUCAACGAGUUGGUGAAAGAAGAUGAUCUAGACAGAGGACAGGAAAACACCCAAGAGAAGAAGAAGAAGAAAAGCAGCAAAGACAUCUCCGCAAGAAAGAGAAAGAAAGGAGGGCUGUCAUUAGAAGGAGAGAUCGAGAGGAGAGAUGAAGCCGACCAGGAGGAGAGUGAAGAGAAGGCUGAUCCGCUGAUAGAGAUAAAGGAGGACAAAGUAAAGAAGGCGUCUGAUGACCUUUGGGCCAGCUUCCUCAGUGACGUGGGGCAGAAACCCCAAACUGCGUCAGUGCAGCCACCCCCCCUGGCUACAGGAGCCAUCAAGUCACAAGGAGAAACAAAGGAAGCAGAGAAGCCAAAAGAGUCGUCCAAAGUCACCAUCACGAAAGUGUUUGAUUUUGCGGGAGAGGAGGUCCGGGUGACUAAGGAAGUGGACGCUGAUUCUAAAGAAGCCAAAUUCUUCCUGAAGAAACAGCAGGGAGAAGAGACGGAGCAGCAGAGUCCCCCCAGGCCAGAGUCAUCGGCAGAGCCCACAGCCUCCUCUGGGGGGAAGAGGCCGGCGGGCAUCGGCAGCAUCCUGAACCGGAUCGGAGGGAAGAAGCAGAAGAUGAGCACGCUGGAGAAGUCCAAGCUGGACUGGGACUCCUUCAAGAACGAGGAGGGCAUCGGAGAGGAGCUGGCCACCCACAACCGGGGCAAAGAGGGGUACGUGGAGAGGAAAGCUUUCCUGGAGCGGGUGGAUCAUCGGCGGUUUGAACUUGAGAAAAGCCUCCGGCUCAGUAACAUGAAGCGAUGACAGUGCGACCCUCUCCUCCAGCUUCAUGAUGCGAUGACAGUGCGACCCUCUCCUCCAGCUUCAUGAAGCGAUGACAGUGUGACCCUCUCCUCCAGCUCAGCAACAUGAAGUGAUGACAGUGCGACCCUCUCCUCCAGCUUCAUGAAGCGAUGACAGCGUGACCCUCUCCUCCAGCUUCAUGAAGCGAUGACAGCGCGACCCUCUCCUCCAGCUCCGUAAUAUGAAGCGAUGACAGCGUGACCCUCUCCUCCAGCUCAGCAACAUGAAGCGAUGACAGCGUGACCCUCUCCUCCAGCUUCAUGAAGUGAUGACAGCGCGACCCUCUCCUCCAGCUCCGUAAUAUGAAGCGAUGACAGCGUGACCCUCUCCUCCAGCUCAGUAACAUGAAGCGAUGACAGCGUGACCCUCUCCUCCAGCUUCAUGAAGCGAUGACAGCGUGACCCUCUCCUCCAGCUUCAUGAAGCGAUGACAGUGCGACCCUGACAGUGAAGAACCCCCUCCCCCUCGUCUUUGACACUACUUUACCCUUUAGAGCUCAUUUUGUUUUCAGAGUUCCCCAUCUCUUUACUGAUUGUAAUAGUGUAUUGUCAUAGUGCACAUUCCACUUUCAUUUUAUUUUAUUUAUUUAUUUCAUAUGGAUAAUGUCACUGCAUAUUGCUAAAUAAAGCACUUCUUCGAUUUAA